AAACGGACUGUGAAAAGCGAACGAACGCGUGCUUCCGACGAAUGCCGCGGACUCCGCAGUUUCGUUCAGAAAUUCCGUGUUGUUCGGUGCUCGCGACUCGCUCGACCCCACCGCUGAAUGUUGGACUGCCUCGCGAGGCACGGCUCGUGACGUAGAUACCUGUCGCGCCUCCAUGUUUGCCUCGUCCCGAGUCUGCCUCGAAUCGAGUCGAGUCGCUGCCAGUCGGGUUUCCAUCGUGCUUCGGGCUGCCUCACUGCGAUCUGCUUGUUCUGUUCGAACGGCUCUGAAGCAGUCCCGGCCUCCAUAGCACACGCUUCGUUCCCGAGCAUGGACAACGAGAAGUGUAAAAUCUUCAUCGAGGUCUACAAGAGGCAUCGGUCGUUGUGGGACCCGAAACACUACGAUUAUCACAACAGCGCGAUAAGGGAGUGCUCCUGGCGAGAAAUAAGUUCGAUUCUGAACUUACCUGUUGCCGAACUCAAAAACAAAAUGAAAUCGCUGAUGGGCACCUACCGGAGAGAAAAAUCCCGGCAAAAAAAGAGUCUGAUUACUCGAUCAGGGAAGGGAGACAUUUAUGUGUCCAAAUGGUUCGCUUUCGAUUGUUUCAACUUUCUGUCCGAUCGGGAUAACAGCAAUCAAACUAUGGAAGUAUUGACCAAAGAAAGAGUACAAGCCAAGGAUCCACCGUCACAUUACCUAGCAAAAUUACGUACCUACCUGGACCCAAAAGCGUCGCGAAGCCAUCGAACGUAUCGUUUCCUUGCGUUUUUUCAGAAAAGAAAGAUAGUUGGAGAGUCAACGUCGACACAAGUACUUCGGGAUUUGGAAAUCUCUUUGCGAACGAAUCAUAUAGAAUGGGUGAGGGAGUUCCUCGACGAAGAAAACCAAGGCUUGGACGCUCUGAUAGACUACCUCAGCUUCAGAUUGCUCAUGAUGAGGCACGAGCAACGUCUUUUAGAAUGUCAUACAAGCUCCGAAGAAAAAUUGCAAACCGCUGGCUCUGGAGACACUUCACCCCUAAAUAAUGGCUGCCUCAGGCCGCCCCUCCACGAGCUCAAGGAUAGUCCGGGUGUUAAAAGGAGAUCUCGGCAUGUCGCUCGUUUGAAUAUGGGCGAAGCGAAAGAUGACAUUCACGUUUGCAUACUGUGCAUGCGUGCCAUUAUGAAUAACAAGUACGGUUUCAACAUGGUUAUUCAACAUCGAGAAGCAAUCAAUUGUAUCGCGCUCAGCUUAAUGCACAAAAGUUUAAGGACGAAAGCCUUGGUGUUAGAACUUCUCGCUGCUAUCUGUCUCGUAAAGGGUGGCCACGAAAUUAUACUGUCGGCGUUUGACAAUUUCAAGGAAGUCUGCUUGGAAAGGCGAAGAUUUACGACGCUGAUGGAGUACUUCACACAAUAUGACAGUUUUCACAUAGAAUUCAUGGUCGCAUGCAUGCAAUUCGUGAAUAUUGUUGUCCAUUCGGUGGAAGACAUGAAUUUCAGGGUACAUUUGCAAUAUGAGUUCACUAAACUCGGUCUGGACGAGUAUCUGGAGAAACUUAGGCAUACAGAGAGUGAGGAUUUGCAGGUACAAAUCUCUGCGUAUUUAGAUAAUGUAUUUGAUGUAGCUGCCUUAAUGGAAGACAGCGAAACCAAGACUGCCGCUUUAGAAAAAGUAGCUGAGUUGGAAGAUGAACUUGGUCAUGCACACGACAGAAUGGCAGAAUUGGAGAGAGAGUCCCUCGCAAAAUUAGCGGAAUUAGAGACUGAACUAGGUGCAUUAAAAGUAGAAUACGCCGAUGCAGUGGAAUCACGUCGAUUAAUUGAAGAGGAACUAACAGCCCUGAAGAGACAGAAACAAGAUUCCGCUCGGAGACAAAGCGUUUUGGAAAACAAAAUCAUCGAGUUAGAAACCCUUACGGGCACACUUACCAAGAGUUCUACAGCAGGGAAUCUUCGAAAUGGACCUGCGACGAGUCCUCUGAAUAAUUCAGACAACGUAACGACGCCUACCUUUAAUUCGACUCCAUCGCCAACAUUGGAACAAAGCCCACCGUCGGCUCCUGCACCACCUCCGCCGCCACCACCCCCGUGUCCGCCGCCGCCUCCCAUGGCGUCUCUUUCUCCAGGAGAUCAAAAAUUACCACCACCUGCACCUAUACCACCACCACCUGCCGGCAUGAUGCAAGCACCGGAUGGAGCAAUGACUAUUAAACGAAAGGUUCAAACAAAGUACAAACUUCCCACGCUCAACUGGAUUGCCCUAAAGCCUAAUCAAGUUCGAGGCACCAUCUUUAACGAAUUAGAUGACGACCGAUUGCAUAAUUACAUAGACUUCUCUGAUUUUGAAGAACGAUUCAAAAUUGGAAUGGGUGGUCACAUAGCUAACGGUACGAACGAAAUCGAUGGACUUCACAGUUUCCCUAGUAAACGAUUCAAGAAACCAGAAAAUGUAUCUUUGUUAGAGCACACUAGAUUACGAAAUAUUGCUAUAUCGCGAAGAAAAAUGGAAAUGCCGGUAGAAAAAGUUAUUUCAGCCGUGAAUGCUCUUGAUUUGAAAGUGCUCUCGCUGGAAAAUGUGGAGUUGCUGCAACGUAUGGUGCCUACUGAUCAAGAAAUCAAAGCAUAUAGGGAGUAUAUCAUAGAAAAGAAGAACGUAAAUCUUCUAACAGAAGAAGACAAGUUUUUAAUGCAACUGGGUAAAGUGGAAAGGAUAUCAACCAAGCUGUCCAUUAUGAAUUAUAUUGGAAACUUUUUUGACAAUUUACACCUCAUUACUCCUCAAAUAUAUGCUGUGAUAUCCGCCUCAAGCUCAGUCAAGAGCUCCAAGAAACUUAGAGCAGUAUUAGAAAUAAUUCUUGCUUUCGGGAACUACUUAAAUAGUAGCAAGCGAGGACCGGCUUAUGGAUUUAAACUGCAAAGCUUAGAUACAUUGCUCGACACGAAAUCGACAGAUAAGAGAAUGUGUCUCUUACAUUAUAUUGUAGCUACCAUACGAGUCAAGUUUCCAGAACUUAUUAAUUUCGAAUCUGAACUUAUGUAUAUCGAUAAAGCUGCAACAGUUUCACUAGAAAAUAUAACUACAGACGUCCAUGAGUUAGAAAAGGGUAUGGAUCUUGUAAAGAAAGAAUUUGAACUUCGUGGUAAAGAGAAACAUAAUACGGUACUGCGAGAUUUCUUAAAUAACUCUGAGGAAAAGUUACGUCGAUUAAAAUCAGAUGCUCGAACUGCUGGUGACGCGUUUCGAGAAUGCGUUGAAUUCUUCGGAGAAAGUCCGAGACAAGUUGACGCUAAUACAUUCUUCUCCCUUCUUGUUAGAUUCGCGAGGGCAUUUAAGGCUGCGGAUCAAGAAAAUGAACAACGUCGUAGGUUGGAAGCUGCUGCUGCGGAAGCUUUGCAUACCUCGGAAGAAGUCGUUAAACGAAAUAAAUUAAAUCAAAAGAAACAGCAGGACGCUGUGAUAAACGAAUUGAAAAACAAAACAAGAUUGGUUCAGGAGAAGAAACUGUUGCAGCAAGAUGAAGUCUAUAAUGGUGCUCUGGAGGACAUUCUUCUUGGGCUUCGAUCGGAACCGUAUCGUCGAGCGGACGCGGUCAGACGUAGUCAACGUAGACGCAUCGAUAAUCACAGACUUUCUCGUACUGCUGAAGAAUUGGAGCUUUAAGCCGCAUUUUGUUCAAUUUUCGAUUUAGACAAAAUUAUUUUCUCUUAGACAAAAUACUACGUACUAUACCUUGACUGUAAUUUCUUAGUAGCGUAUCAAGUAACUCUUUCAUGACUUAGUAUUUUUUUUAUAAACGUUAUUAUUCAUUUUUGUGAUGGUUACCAUAAUAAUUUGAAUCGACAGAAUAUAAAUUUAGGAAUUUGUAUAUACAACGUUUUGCAUACAGAUUUAUAAGAAGUCGUCCACUAGUAUUUAAAACUAAAGUAAUACUAUUGGCCUUUACAUAUUAAAGGUACAGUAUUAGACGAUUUUUAAUGCGAUCUAAUUAUUCAGUCAACUGUUUAAGAAGAUUAGAUAUAUUAUUUAUAAUGUAUUCAGCUUGAUAAAACUGUUAAAAUUAAUUCUGAAUAUGUCAUAUAUGAUUUCUGUAUUUAAGAUCAUCAAAUGUGAAAGAGUUAAUUGAGCGAUACAUUUUUGAAAAUAUCUACAGUAUAGGCAAUUGCAAAAAUCAUAAAACAGGACGAACUUAUUAAAAAUUAUAUUGAACCCUCAUACAUGCAGACUAUCGCAGAUUGUGUGAUACAAUAGUAUAAAGAUAUCCUACACGCAAAAAUGACUCGCAAAAAUAGAAUGAGAUUUCUUUUGUUUCUUAAGGCAUCGCUUUUAAAACAAUCGAGUUUGAAAAUUUAUCUAGUGCAUUAGUAUUUACAAAAAGCAAGAUCGAUAAGUCACUAACAUAAAAA